AUGGGUCCAUUGGAAUUCAUUGUUCCCACAGCUCUGAUCCUGAUCGACAACCAGUCAGGCUUCUGCAACCCAAAAACCAUCUCCCAUUGGGGCACCACACGGUCCAACCCAAACUAUGAAACCAAUCUUCAAGCCCUUUUAUCUGGUUUCAGAGCUGCCAAAGCUUCGUCCCCAGUUCCCCUGGAAGUGAUCCACAUUUUUCACUCCUCCACAACCCCGGAAUCACCUUUUCACCCAUCCAACCCUGAGGGCGGCAUUCGCCCUCUUGAUUUCGCCACUCCUACUCCGGAUGGAUCGGAGAUUGUUUUCUGGAAAACUGUCAAUUCGUCUUUCGUUGGGACUGGGCUUGAAGCGCAUUUGCGUGAAAAGGGCUUCCGUCAACUUAUCAUUGCUGGGUUGACCACAGAUCAUUGCGUGUCAACUACGGUGCGGAUGGCCGCGAACCUAGGGGUGGUGGAUCGGUAUCUUGGGGAUGGUCCGGUACGGUUGAGAUCGGACGGGACUCAUGAGAAUGACGUUGAUGUUGACAAGGGGCGUAUUGUGCUUGUUGAGGAUGCCACGGCUACUUUUGGAAAGGCUGGGAUUGACUCGGAGACUAUUCAGAAGGUUUCUAUUGCAAGCCUCGAUGGUGAGUUUGCCGAUGUUCUCCGCACGGAAGAGGUUGUUCGGGCUUUGAGCAAGGUUUCAAACUAG